UUCCUCUCGCUGCGGCUGCAAGCGCAACUCGGGGUCUCCCCUUUUGAAAUCCGUGACGCAGCUCUUGGAUGGACGGUCCCGGGGGUCGAGAGGGGGAGGGCCUUCCGGCGCUCGCAGCCAAGUCCGGUUUCCUCUCCGAGAGACUCCGUCAGCCGCGGACGUCCCGAGCCGGCUGCCGUCGUCGAACGCCGAAGAGCGCGCCUUCCGAGGUGCUGAGGAAAGGAUGCUUUCAAGGUGGCUGCAGGGGCUGACGCUCGUGGCCUGGCUCGGUAGCGGAUGCUCCAGGGACAUCAAUCUGGGCGUGUGCAGCAAGACCUUCUUCAGUUGCCAGUGCGGGACUCCCGGAUACACGGUGCAUCUGCCGGUCAAGCAGUGCAGUUACAUACACAGGUGGGAGUUGAAGUGCAGGCCCUGCAAUAAUCGCAAAGAGUCCGAAGUGUGUCCGAACCUACGCAACUGCCAGGACUGCAAGGACGAUGGCUCGGGUUGCACCUCCUGCCCGCCAGGGCGGUUCGGGCGCUGGUGCACAGAACGCUGUCAGUGCCAGAACGGCGCCACGUGCAACCCCGAGAAUGGACAGUGCACCUGCGCGCCUUCCUUCACGGGAACUCACUGCGAGCAGUUUUUAGGCUGUCAGCCUCCACCGAUCCCGCCCAACGUGCAAGUCACCAUGGACAACGACCUUUCGCCGACCGUAGUGUACUACUUGUGCGAGCGAGGCUUUCAUCUCGUCGGCCCGGAGACUGCUUCGUGCCUCGGCAGUGGGAUCUGGAGUGACCCGCCGCCGAAAUGCGAGAAGCUGUCCUUCUGCCCCGAGCUGGCCCGCCUGGCGCGUGGCAAGGCGGAGGUCCGGAGGGUGGCGUCCAGCCACCGGGGUGCAUACAGCAACGGCACCCUGGUCGGCUUCUCGUGCGACGACCUCUACGACCUGGUCGGGGAGAGCUCUCUCGAGUGCAGAGACGACGGCACCUGGUCGGCGCCGGUGCCAGCCUGCGUCAAAGUUUCAGAAGAGCCCAUCACGUGUGAAACCAAAGCAGCAGACAUUCUGGGCGCCUUCACUGUUCCGGUGAGGGCCUACUGUCCUUCAGGCUGCGGCCUGAGCCCGGGCACGGUCAUCGGCACCGUGGUCUACCACCAACUGUCGGCGCUCUGCCGGGCCGCGCUGCACGCAGGCCGCAUCAACAACGCCGGCGGUCUGGUGUCCAUCGUGGCCACCGGAAACUUCGCGGACUUCGCCGCGUCCACCGCCAACGACGUCACCACCAUUGCGUUGGCAGAGCCGGCUCCUGGUUUUACGUUCAAUGAAGAUCGCAUUGCCACAGUCGAAACAGGUUGUCGACAGGGAUGGUCCACAGUGGGCGAGGCCUGCUUGCUCCCGACACGCCACAAGCUACCCCUGGGCCGAGCGAGGCACUACUGCGCAAACUCCGGAGCCAGACUGCUCGAGUUCGAGGAGGAGGGGCUGCGGGAACGGCUCUUCCCCUUCCUUAGGAGCUCAGGUUCGUAG